GGCUCCAGCGAAGCCUUGCAAAUAUUUUUUGAAGCUUUUAUUUAACUAAGUCAUGGCUUCGUCAAGAAGGUUUUUUGUUGGAGGAAAUUGGAAAAUGAAUGGAGAUACUGCAAGCAUUGGAAAAAUUGUGGAUUUUUUAAACGAAGGAGUGAAUGACUCAACAACCACAGAGGUUGUAGUUGCACCACCUGCAUUAUAUCUAACACAAGUUAUCAAAGAUCUUACAAAAGAUGUAGCUGUGUCAGCACAGAAUUGUUAUAAAGUUGCUAAAGGAGCUUUCACUGGUGAGAUAAGUUCAGAAAUGAUAAAGAAUGUUGGUGGUAAAUGGGUAAUUCUUGGGCAUUCAGAAAGGAGGCAUAUAUUUGGUGAAAAAGAUGAGUUAAUUGGCGAGAAAGUUGGCCAUGCCUUGUCAGCAGAUAUUGGUGUGAUUGCAUGUGUUGGGGAACUGUUGAGCGAAAGAGAAAACGGCACAACAGCUGAAGUUGUAUACAGACAAAUCAAGGCUAUUGCAGCGAAUAUCAGUGACUGGUGCAGAGUGGUAAUAGCUUAUGAACCAGUUUGGGCCAUUGGUACUGGAAAAACAGCGUCACCUGAUCAGGCGCAAGAAGUUCAUGCCCUUAUUAGGAAAUGGUUAAAUGACAAUGUUUCAAAUGAUGUAGCUAAUUCUGUCAGGAUCAUUUAUGGUGGCUCUGUAAAUGCAAAGAAUUGUCGGGAACUUGCAACAAAACCAGAUGUUGAUGGAUUUUUGGUUGGUGGAGCUUCUCUGAAACCUGAGUUCAUUGAAAUCAUUAAUUCCAAGUCUUAAUGUGUGUUGAAUGGAGUUAUUUUAGGAAUAUCAGCAAACUUUAAUAUGUAAUUUCCUUCAAAA